GUUCACAAAACCAACUCGUUUAAACAGGUUAUUUGAUAAAACAUACCAGUCGUCAUCAUCAUCAUCAUCAUCAUAACAAACCUCCUCAUCCCCAUCACCACUAUCAUCAUCAUCAUAAUUGUUUUAACAGUUGCUUUUCCAUGCUUUCAUGGGUUAGAUAGAGUUCACCGUAGCAGAUUUUCUAUAGCUGGAUGCCUUUCCUGCCAUCAACCUUUGCCUGUUUCCAAGUAGAAACCAGUCUGUCAAUUCAUUGUUGUGGUCAGCAUCUUCUUUCUACUGGUUGCCUGGCACCAAUAUACUGCAAAUAAACAAUAUACAGUAACAACCUCAAGCAAACAUAAUCAAAAGUUAAUUGAUGAAACACGUCAAAAACAGAAGAAAAAUUUAAGUCUGAUGGAACAGAAAUUGCUUCAGUUAAACAACAAAACUAAAUAUGUUAUUUUUCGUUGUGUUGGUCGUAGUCUUUGUGGAGGUUGGGGAGAUAGGCAGCAUGGAAUAAUCUCUGUAUAUUUAAUGGCACUGACCAUGGGUCGGCGCUUUGGAAUUAUUAUUUCAAGACCUUGCGAUAUUUCUAAAUAUCUUCAACCAAACAAAGUUAACUGGAAGAUUGACUCAAAAGAGUUGCAUGGCUUAAAAAGUCGUUACCUUAAUUUGGUUGAUGGGAAUAAGUACAUUUCCUCUUUACAAUCAGCAGACUUAGAAACACUUUACCCUGAAGAUGUCCUCUAUGUGAGUACAAACAGAAUCUUUUUUUAUGUCUUGAAAAAGAAUGCUCGAUACAAAGAACAAUUACUUUGGGCAUCACAAAAGUCAUAUGGAAAUAUAUUUGCUAAAGUGAUGAAUUUAUUGUUUCGCUUCAGUGAUCUUCUUCAGGCAAAAUUUGACAAAUUCUUUGAAGUCAAUAUUCCCAAAACAAAUAUGCAUCUGGUGUGUGCUCAGAUUCGAAUUGGAAAAAACCCCAGUGUGCCAGGAGAUAACCGAAGGAAUUCAAUGUCAGAUGUUCAGAAUGUGUGGAACUUCUUAAGUAAAUACAAUAACACCAGCAAGUACAAAAUAUUUGUGACCACAGACUCAAAGGAGGUGCAGGAUAUAGCUUCAAAAAAAUUUUCUUCUCAAUUCAUGUAUACCUCUGGGGAAAUAAUUCAUGUGGAUAGGCUCCGUAAAGGUGUGAAAGAUACAUGUGACGCUCUAAGGAAGAUUCUUAUGGACCAAUAUAUUUUGACUAAAUGUGAUACAUUGUUAGUGAGCAGAAGUGGUUUUGGUGAAAAUGCUUUGCUAAUGAGAGAAAAAGAAAAUAACAUUUUUCAUUUUAAAAAUGGAAAAGUAACACGUAUCAACAUAGAAAAAUUUUUUCCUGGCUGGGAAAAAACUUGGUUGUGAACUAGGGGCUUUUGACACACAGAAUCUAAAAAUGACAUCCAUUUAUUAUCA